AGACCUAUUGACGGUAACGCCCCAGCGAUCGCGCCUCUGCCUUAAGCUACUCCAGUAUUCCAAUCGCAAGCGCUCUGCUCUUUCUGCCUUCUCUCUAGCCAACAAUGGAUAAGCAUAGCCUAGCCAUCCCUUUCCCGAUGUCGGAGCUGUAUAUCGCGCUGGGUAUGGUCUUCCUCUUCCUGCCUCUCACCAUCAUUGUGUCGCGCCUUCUGGGCUCGCGCGAGCCGGCCGUGCGCGUGGACAAGCAGGACUAAGGGGCCAUUAGCAUUAGCCUCCCGCUGGGGCCACAGAGCUCAAACCGGCGAGGGUUGACUGGCUGCAGCAGCAUCCGGCAGUUCCCCUCGCUGGUACAGUGGGUACAGGCGCGGCCUCCGACACUCAACUAUGACGCGAAGUGCCAUCAGCGCAGUGCCCCGCGUGCAGCAGCUCGCUGCAUGCGUGGUACCGGCGUCAGGCUAUGAAGCAGUCUUGCCGGGUCUUCUACUAGGGACGCGGCACGCCGGCUGUGCCGGGUCUUCUGCCGAUGCUGGCACGGCGGCAAUCCAGCCGUCGGCCUGGCCGGGCCAACCGCCUUGUGAUCCUUCAGGCUUACAUUCGAAUGAGAGUUAUGGUACCCCGCAGCUGUAUCAUGGCGGGGCGCGCGCCGGCGCAUUCACACGCGCCACAGCGAUGGCAUCUGGGCAGAUGGCGCCAUCGCUGCUGCGCCGCCCGAUCACGUUCGUGUCCAGUUGCCCUCCCGCGUUACGCAGCUUUGGGGCAUUGUGCCCUCCAACCGGAUCCACAGAUCUCAUCGGAGGCACAGGCCGCGACAUUCUCAUAGCAGCGGCGCCGGCGCGCCGUGCACCCCUGCAUGCCACGCUGCCGCUGCUGCGCAGCCUCCACACCUCCCCGGCGCCACAGCUCAGCGCUUCGCACCAGCACCAGGCGCAGCAGCAGCAGCAGCAGACCAAGCAACCCCAGCAGCCUUACGACCCCCAGCAAGAUCAGGUCCCGUCCACCAGCACCGCUAGCAGCAGCAAGCCAGCGGCAGACCCGGUGUACAACCUGCCCAACGCGGUGUCGGUGGCGCGGCUGGUGUCAGGGCCGCUCAUUGGCUACUGGCUGGUGCAGGGGCAUUACGAGGCAGCCACACUGGCGCUGGCCGUGUCCGGGGCCAGUGACUGGUUGGAUGGCUGGCUGGCCCGGCGGCUAGGCGCGUCAUCCGUGUUCGGAUCCUACCUGGACCCGUUGGCGGACAAGGUGCUCAUCGGCUGUGUGGCUGCGGCGCUGCUGAUGAACGGCGCCAUGCCGGGCUGGGUGGCGGGCGUGGUGGUGGGGCGGGACGUGCUGCUAGUGGCAGGCAGCUUCGUGUUCCGGCUGCGCGGCUUCGGCUGGCGCUGGCCGGGCGCCGCAGCCUUCUUCCGCACCGUCGACACGUCCGCCGCUGCUGCUGGUGCUGCUACGGGUGCUGCUAAUGGCGUGGCUUCGGGUGGCGGUGGCGGCGGCGAGGGCGUGUCGUUCAUGCGGCCGCUUCUGAUCAGCAAGGCCAACACGGUGCUGCAGCUGCUGCUGCUGGGUGGCUACCUGCUGCGCGGCAUGGACGGCGGCGCGGGGCUGCAGCUGCUGCUGCCGGGCGGCGGCGGCGAGGAGCUCAUCAUGGGGCUGGAGCUGGCUACGGCCGCCACCACGGUGGCGUCGGGGCUGGCGUACGGCACCAUGGCGGUGCAGGGCAAGCUGUUCAAGUAGGUUGGUCAGUGGACGAGGGGUCCCUUCAAUUUCAACAGUGGCGCAGUAUAGGAUGUGGUUUCGGUGCGGGCGUGAACGUGCGGGCAGUGUUGCGGCAUGACAGAAAGAGCAGGAAGGAAGGAUGGGCAGACGCGGUGUUGGCGGCGCGUGCUUGUGUUGCGGCUGCGGCUGUCGUGCCGCUGUUGAAUCAUAGUUGAGCGACCCUGCAAGGUGGCUAUGGAAGGGGAUUUAGCCUGUCCGCACGUGAAGGAAGGCGGCUAGGCGGGAUAAAGAAGACUGCUCUGGCUGCGGUUCUUAUAUCGUCGUCGGCACUUGGACCAGAGUUGGCACUUGUGCUGAUGGUUAUGCAAAGAUUGUCAACGGCGCUGUCGCACCAUCAUGGCCGUUUGUGAGGAUGCAAGGAAUGGCCCUGAGAGUCUGAGACAUGAUCAUCUCAUCACCUGGUACCAUGCAUCGUAGAUCCGUAGGCUGUGUUAUUGUGCAGCA